AGUAGAUACUACAUAAUAUAUUACGAAAAAGAAACACUGUACAUAAACAUAGACGCUUUUUCAACAUUCAGACAAAACUGUCCCUUAAAAAUUGACACAGUUGUACAUGAUUUGUCCUCCGUAUAAGACCUCUUCGAAAUACGUAUGAACAAAACGUUUUGGAAUAGCGUCAUAUUAAAAAAAAAACUUAGCUAAUAAAGCUUUUAAGUAAAAAAUUUAUUUAAAAAGAAAGUGUUCAUUACAGUGUGACUAUUUUUGAUUACUAUUACUAAGCAAAAUUACAAUGGACAAAAGAGAAUUUAAAUAUUCCUCAUCAUUUUAUUACCGUGUUGCAAAGGCUUCUAAUGAAUAUUGUGCUCUUUCUCAACGUACACAUCACAUUUCUAGUGAUGUAAUUAAUGAAAUUCCAUCAUCUAUAGAUGAACAUCAUCUAGAUAAUCCUGAUUCUACGUAUAUCGAGAAUUGGAUAGACUUGAUUGAAAGUGAUUCUGACGAUUCAGAAACUUAUGAGGAUGGUGAGGAUGAACACAAUAAUGAAGAUUCAUUUCAAGAUCAACUGGCUGGCUGGAUUAUUACAAAUGGUAUUACACAUGCCGCUUCUAAUCAAUUACUUAAACUCUUGAAAACAAAAGAAUGCUUAAAAAAUUUGCCAUCGGAUGUAAGGACGAUUGUGAAAACACCAAGAAAUGUACGCAUUGAAAAAAUGGGAUCUGGAGAGUUUUGGUAUAAUUCAAUAGAAUCCACGCUAAUUUCACAUUUUAAAACUUUGGCUGAAGAUACAACAAUUUCUUUACAAUUUCACAUCGAUGGAUUGCAGUUUGCAAAAAGUACUAAGACCCAUUUCUGGCCAGUACUAUUUAGGAUAAUUGAAAAACCUAAAAUAGAACCCCAGGUAGCCGCAAUAUACUGUGGUGAAAGUAAACCAGAAAGCGUACACCAUUACCUUAAUUACUUUGUGGGUGAAAUGAACAAUCUUGUGACGAAUGGAAUCAUCAUUAAUACACACAAAUUGAAUGUUACAAUUCAUAGUUUCGUGUGUGAUUCUCCUGCACGAUCAUUUGUUAAGGGAAUAGUGUACUUUAAUCACUAUUCCGGAUGUAGUAAAUGUACGGUUAGUGGAUCAUUUUUUGAUUGCAUGGUAUUCACACGAAUAGAUGCAGUCAAACGAGACGAUUCUAGUUUUCGUUCAAGAAGAGAACCAGAGCACCAUAAAACCACAUCACCAUUGGAAAAUUUACCUAUAGACAUGGUGGAACAUUUUCCAGUUUCUGAUAAUCUUCACCUCUUUGAUCUGGGUAUUAUGAAGCGUCAACUAGAAGGAUGGACCACCGGAAAAUUUAAUUAUAGGACAAAAUGGUCAAAUGCACAAAUUACUGAAAUAUGUCAGCUCUUAAAAUUUGCGAAUGAGAGUAGACCUAUUGAACUUCAUCGACAAAUUAGGACUUUAAGAUAUCUUUCAAUAUGGAAAGGAACAGAAUAUCGUACAUUUCUUUUGUACCUGGGAAUUGUUAUUCUAAAAGAUUUUCUUAAGCCAAAUGUUUACUACCAUUUCAGUUUGCUAUUUUGUGCCUAUUCCAUAUAUUCAGCUAGAUAUUAUCAAAAAUACAGAGAUAUUGCACAUGAAUUAAUUGAAGAAUAUGUAAAAUCCUAUUCUUAUUUUUACGGACCAUCUUCAGUCGUGAGCAAUGUGCAUAAUUUAAUUCACGUAAUAGACGACGUACGUCUUUUUGGAGAACUGGAAAAUAUAAGUACUUAUCCGUUUGAAAGUUACUUAGGAAUAUUUAAAAAAUUGGUUAGAUCUGGCAACAGACCUCUAGCUCAGGUAGCUAAAAGAUUUUGUGAAAUAAGUACAUACAAAAAUAAAAAAAAGGAGGAAACAAAAAAUUAUCCAAUAUUAACACGUGAGGGAUUAGGCGUUACUUUUGAAUUAGAAAAAGGCUUUACUCUAAAAAAUGACCAUAAAAACAAAUGGUUUUUGUCAGCUGAAAAUGAAAUAGUAGAAAUGAUAAAUGUAAAUUAUUUUAACGAUGAAUUAAAAAUAGUUGGAGACAAACUCGUAGACAAGGCAAACAGUUUUUUUACAAACCCAAUUGAUUCUUCAUUUUUAAAUAUUUAUUCUGUUGAAAAUAUUAAUAAGAAAUCGAGAAAGCAUUAUAGACUUGAAGAUGUGAAAUGUAAACUGUUUCAACAAAAUUAUAGAAGUAUGAAUGUAUUUUUGCCAAUAUUACACACACUUAAAUAAUUUUUCUAUUUUUUUUUUAUUAUUCGUGUUGGAUAAAUUGUAUUAUUGUUGGAUUUCUGAUAAUUUGCAGUAACCAAUUUACAUAUUUCUAGAAUCUAGCUUGACAAAAAAAAAUAUUCGGGACAGAAAUAAAAUAUCUUAUGCAGUAUUAUUAUCUUCAGAUUUGCAGAGUAGGCAGAGAACUUACGUAUUAAAAAAAUGUAACUAAUUGUGAGGCAACCAGGAACAUUAUUGUGAGAAAAAAAAUCUUCAAAAAUAAAAACAGCAAUAAAAUGAAAAUUUUGGGAUAAAAUUAACUCAAGGCACUCUAAGUUUAAGAAAAGACUUAAAAUAUUCUCUUCUUCUCAGACCAUUUUGCAAUGUAUUGAUUUUCCUAAAUCUUGGAAUGCCUUUUUUGUCUUACUAUAUCCUCUACUAUUCCUUUUGCAUAAAAAAUAUAUACAUAUUACAAAAGAUAUAUCACUUAUUUAAUUUUUGACUGAUUACAAUAGCUGUUCAUACGGAUUUUUGUGGAGCAAAUGCGUUAGCAACAUAAAAAAUUCUCUCAUGUGUUGAAGAAAAUUGUACUGAAAUGCAACGCUUUUUCAUGUAUUCGACGAAUGGUUGUCUUUUUGAGGGUACUUUUAGCUACACGUGGCAUGGAUAUUUUAUAAAAUUUUAUUUAUUGAAAACUAAAGCUUUUUAUGCCAUUUUAAUAAUGUUUCUAGCAUAAGAAACAUAAUGCAAUGCUGUAUUAAAUAAGCAUAAUGAUGUGGGUAUAAUUUCAAUUUUUUUUAAUUUUCUAAUUUUUCAAAGAAAUAUUAAUUUUUAUGAAAUGAGAGGGCCAUUUAUGGCUCUUCUAAUUAAUAUACUACUUAAAAAUCAAUCUCGCAUAUGUUUUUCACGCGUGAAAACGCGUGAAUUUUUCUUGGUGAAUAUUAUUGCCAAGACGAGGUAUUUUUGCCGAAGUACAUCUCCAUGAAAUUUGGCCAUUUGCCUCCCGGUGAGGCAAAAUAGAAAAGGGAACACUAUCGUAAAAGGAGAACAUUAGGUAGGGAAAAUAAUGUGUUUGUGAGAAAGAAAGAUAGAAAAAAAAUAAGUGAGAGGGAAAGAGAAAAAAAAUGUCAAAAAUUUUGCCUACAUGCAGGAGUUUUUUCAGUCGUGGCAGAAGCUGUUUCCAGACACCAUACGGAUAUCCCUAUGGUAUUCCCAAAUUUAGGCGUGAAAUUUUACCUGCUAUGGAGCCACGACCUGAUUUUGGGUACCAAAUUUUUCCCAAUACCAUCAUAUAUGGUGCACCAUACGGUGCCUGAGCGGGAAUCCCGCGCGGAAUACAUUUUGGCCGAAAUGGAAUACGGCCGGGUACCGCCGUGCUC